AGGCUUCGGCCGUGGCUAGUUACCACCCUACCCGCAAAGACGUACCGCCAAGCGAUUUAGCGUUCCGGUACGAUGCCGUGUAGAAACUGAAAGGGGUGUGGAUUUUCAUCGUCCUCCUAACAAGUUAGCCCGCAUCCAUCUUAGAUCACUUACCAUCAGGUGAGAUUGUAGUUAAGAGCUAACUUGUAAAGAAUAAAAAAAAAACAGCAGCCUAACUUGUCAGUAGGAAGAAAAUCCACACCCCUUUCGAUUUCUACACUACAUCGUACAGAAACGCUAAAUCACUUGGCGGUAGCCUUUGACGGAAAGAUGGUAACUAGCCACGGCACCAGCUAGACCAAACCAAUUAAGGAAACCUCGACCCAGCGGAGGAUCGAACCCAGGACCUCGGUCUUGUAAGUUCACUGCGUCACGUAGAUCGUGAAACAAUCAACAAUGUACAUCGUCCCCCAGGCUUCAAUACCGCAGUCGAAGUUCGACGGAGUGUUCGACGCCGUGGAGGACUCCAACGUCUGCCCACAAGUGGAGGAGUACCAGAACACCAUCGUGGGCUCGCUGGACUGCCUGCAGCUCAACGUGUACGUGCCCAACAGAGCAAGCUCCAGGAACAGGCUGCCCGUGCUCGUGUGGAUACAUGGCGGGGGAUUCACCAUUGGUUACACUAGCCGGUGAGAAUUUUUUCUUUUUUUAUAUUUAACACGUUCGCUGCGGCACUGAACUUUCUGUACUUUCCCGCGGUGCGGUCCGAGGUUUUUUGACCUCGUACUAAAACUUUCUGUGGUGCGGAACGAGGUAUAUAGACCUCGUAACUUUUACGAGGUCAAUUGACCUCGUUUCGCAGCGAACACGCAAAUAGCUUACCGCUACUACGUAUUUUUUUUUAACAAAAAAAUUGAACCGACUUCAAAUGUGCAUUAUUCUAAAAGCGAAAAAUACCCUCGUAUCUCCUUACGUCGUUUUUAUUGACAGUUUUGAAGACGGUGAACCACCUUUCUAUGGGCAAUUCAGUUUCAGUCAUUUUGAUUUUCUCACAAAAAUACUGAAAUCACAUCACACUAAUAUUAUAAAGGCGAAAGUUUGUGUGUAAGUGUGUAAGUA